AUGACGCUGCCCCCCUCCCCCACCAGCAGCCUGACCCUCCCCUGGCCCUGGAGCCCCUACACCCACCCCCUAAGGUGUGGGACGGAGCCGGGACCUUGGGACUGGCCCGGUCCCCGUCGCAGCUUCCUGACGCAGGGGGUGGUGCCGCGCUCCCCACAUGGCAGCUGGGUGCCCCCCGUAACGCCAGUCAAACUGGACGCCUCGGGCCUACGUGAGCCACCCUCAGGCCAGAGCCCGCCCGCCCGCCACUCCCACCCCAGCUGGGACUCCCUGCACCAUGCCGGCCAGGGGCCGAAGGGAUCGUCUGUGGGCAGAUACCACGAUGCCACCACCAUCACCGACCUGUGUAGCUGCGGCAACGUCCCCGAGGUGGAGAUCAUCAGCCUGCUGGGGGAGCAGCUGCCCCACUACACGCUGCGGGCCGACACGCUCUUCGGGUACGAACACGACGACUGGCUGCACACGCCCCUGCUGCCCCCCGAGGCGCCCACCCCCCUGACGCCCCAGCAGAUUGAGGAGACCCUGAAGUACUUCCGUGAGUGCCGUGGGGCGCCCCUGGGGGCCAGCGAGGGGACGUGGGGGGAGCUGGCCCUCUGGGGGACCCCCAGCUCCGCCACCCACAGGCAGGACCUCCAGCUCCGCCGCCCUCUGGGGGACCCCCAGCUCCGCCGCCCUCUGGGGGACCCCCAGCUGCUGGAGUCCUGGAGCAGCCCACGCCCAGAGGAGCUGGAACUCCGGGACCAGGACGCUGCUGCAGCCCGGCAGAGCCGCAUCUUCCCUUUGCUCCGGGAGCUGGCGCUUGGCUGCAUGUUUCCCCCUGAGCUGGGGGGGCUCCGUGGGCCCCAGGCCAUGGAGUUCUGGAGCAGCCCCGCAGCCUACGCCGAGGUGCACGGGAGCCCGGCUCUGGUCAGCCCCACGGAUCUGAUCGCUACCGAGCUGGAGGAAGAGACCGAGGCCCCGUUGGGGGAGGGGGCCGACCUCUCGGAUCCUGCCCCCGCCCGCCAUGCGGACGUGCCAGCCUGCACGCGGGCCGGGUGUCAGGAGCAGGGCGCGGCGCCCGAGGGGGUGGGGACGGGGACGGGGGCCACCAGCAUCACCACGGAAACCUGCCAGUACGAGGACCAGGAGCAGCAGCUGAUGCUGGACUGCGUGGAACAGUUCUCCAGCCGGCAGGUGGCCUCUCUCUCCGAGGAGCUGGCCCGCAAGACCGAGGACACGGCCCGGCAGCAGGAGGAGAUCAGCCAGCUCCUGGCCCAGAUCGUGGACCUGCAGCAGAAGUGCCGCACGUACGGCGCGGAGGUGGAGGAGCUGCACCAGCAUCUGGCCGCGACAAAGGAGUCUCAGCAGAAGCUGCGCACCGAGCUGCAGGACCUGCAGGAGAAAUACGCCGAGUGCGAGGGCAUGCUGCACGAGGCCCAGGAGGAGAUCAAAACCCUGCGCACCCGGAACCUCCCCAACAGCAGCCUGAACCGCUACAGCCUGCUGCCCCUGGACUCGCUGGCUGCGGAGAUCAAAGGGAUCAUGAGGAAAGGAGCCGACAGCUCGUCCGCCUCGGAGUACAAGAGCUACAAGCGGGUUUUCGAGACGGUGAAGGUCGUGAACCAGGCGGUCAAAGCCAAGUCGCGUGCAGAGUCCCCCCAAAACCUGCCCGGCUCCAAGCCGUCCUCGGCCCUCCCCUCGGCAGGGUGCAGCCGGGUCAGCACGCCCCGCACCAGCUAUUACGGAUCAGACAGCGCCAGCCUGGCACCGGAGAACCUGGAGAGCGCCCUGGGCGAGGAGAAGCUGCGGGGCACCCCGGGCACCCCAGGCAGGCACGACCUGGAGGCAGCGCUGCAGCGUCUGUCCGCCCGCCAGGAGAACCAUGCCUCGGAGCGCUCCUUCUUCGAGACGGAGCGCGAGCAGAAGCUGAACCAACUGGCCAGGGACGUGGAGAGCUCCAGCGGCUUCCUCACGCCCAACGACAGCAUCCUGUCCACCGGCACCAACUACUCAGGCAGCUCGGAGCACACCGGGGGCUCCGGCUUCUCCCUCGGCUCCCUCUCCUACCUGCCGGACAAGCUGCAGAUCGUCAAGCCCCUGGAAGGCUCGGUGACUCUCCACCACUGGCAGCAGCUGGCGAAGCCCAACCUGGGCGGGAUCCUGGACCCCCGGCCCGGCGUGCUCACCAAAGACUUCCGGCAGCUGGACGUGGACCUGGAGGAGGUCUACAACCUGAACGACCUUGAGGAGGACGACGUGGACCUGAGCGCCUUCCCGGCACUCGCUGCCUCCACCCCGUCCAAAGCCAAGGGCUGCUCCAGUGCGUUCCACUCCUCCAUUAACAACCUCCCCCAGACUCCAUCUACAUUCACCAUCACCACCUGCCACAUCUUACACCCCAGCAAGGAGAUCACCACAGUGACGCCCAGUCUUUAUAAUACAGUCGUGCCCUCUUGUGGGCCCUUUGACAGGCUGAGUGCCGCUGGCCCCGUGCCCCAGGCGCUGGAGCCUGGCCCCAGGGCGCUGUCUGCGCCUCUCGGACUCGUCACGCUGCUGCUGGAACACGGCAUCUCUGCUUCGGUGCGGGCUGGCAAUGCCCUGGCUGCGCUACGGGCGCCGGAGCCCCCCUCCUGGCUCUCCCCCUUGAGGGAGCAGUGGGACAGCCUGGGGGGGAGGUCUCUGGGCAGCUCAGGCUUGGCUCAGCCCUUCCCGAGGGCCCACGGGCUGGAUGACGGCAGGGCCGCUGGGCCCAGCGGAGCCCAGAGCAAGAGCAACAUCUUCAGCUGGAACCUGGUGGAGAAGCUGAAGAGACUCAGGCUGGACAAAGUGGUGGCCAGAGGAGAGGCCUCCUUCCGGGGCGCAGGGGAGAGAAGACAGCCCGUCGGGCCACCGGCCCCCACCACGCAGCCGUGAGCCUCCUCGCUGGGCUAUGACUCCCUGCAGAGCAACGUGGCUCCCUCCUGGGCCUCCCCAUCACCCCCUUUCCAGCCAGCCGGGAGCCGGCGAGGGGGGGUGAGAGCGGUGAUCCGUCCGGGUCUGGGCUGCUGGCGGGAGCUGGUCUCAGCAGAGGGGUCUGCUCUGUCCUAAUUUAUUUCCAGCCACGGUUAGUGGGUCCCCAGCGUGAGGGCGGGGGGGCCACAGGUGAUGGCGGGGGUGGGGUGACCGUUUUCUGAGUGGCCAUGAGAACGGGUGCAUCAGCUGCUGCAGUUUAAUAAGCACCUGGGAUCUCUGCCACUGAGCCGGGAGUAGGGGACGUGUCCCCUGGGGGGCUCAGGCUGCCCCAUGGCAACCCCCCCCCGGUGCAGCAGGUCUCCCGCAUGCCCCGUGACAAGGGGGUGAGGCCGGGGACCCUCUGCUGAGCUGGAACUCAGCUUUGGGCUGUAACAUUGGCUCUGGUCUCUUCAGAGCAGGGGCUUGGAGCAGCGCUGAGUGCACGCUGGGGCCGGGGGGGGCCUCCUGGGGGGCCUCCGUCCCCUGUCCUAUCCUUCCCCCUGCUCCCUCGGCAGGACAGCAGCA